UGGCAAAUGGAGGCAGGAGAUAAGGGGGCACUGCUUCCCAAGUAUAAAACUGGGGAGUCUGAGCUGCUCAGCCCAGCUCCUUCAGCCUCUGAGGUGUGUGUGGAGCACUGGACAAGUCCUGCACCAUGAAGUGGCUCAUCCUGGCCCUGGUGUGCCUCCAGCUCUCAGAGGGUUUGGUGAGAAUCAAGCUGAAGAAAGCCAAGUCUAUAAGGGAGAAAAUGAGGGAGGCUGGAGUGCUGGAUGACUUCCUGAAGAAGAUUAAAUAUGACCCAGCCAUGAAAUACCACUUCAGUGGGGAUUAUGUUGUUAAUGAGCCCAUGACCAACCACCUGGAUUCCUCCUACUUUGGUGAGAUCAGCAUUGGGACCCCUCCCCAAAACUUCUUGGUGCUCUUCGACACGGGCUCCUCCAACCUGUGGGUUCCCUCCACUUACUGCCAGACUCAGGCGUGCUCCAAUCAUGCCAGCUUCAACCCCAGCCAGUCUUCCACCUUUAUCAACAACGGCCAGUCCUACACCCUGUCCUACGGCAGCGGGGCGCUCACGGUCCUGCUGGGCUACGACACGCUGACGAUCCAGAGCAUUGUGGUCACAAACCAGGAGUUUGGGCUGAGUGAGAGCGAGCCAACCCAGCCUUUCUACUACGCUGACUUCGAUGGGAUCAUGGGCAUGGCGUACCCCUCGCUGGCAGUGGGAGGGACAGCCACUGCCCUGCAGGGCAUGCUGCAGCAGAACCAGCUCUCUGAGCCCAUCUUCAGCUUCUACUUCUCUCGCCACCCCACCUACAGCUAUGGAGGAGAGCUCAUUCUUGGAGGGGUUGACACUCAGCUCUUCAGUGGGCAGAUUACAUGGGCACCUGUGACCCAGGAGCUGUACUGGCAGGUGGCAAUUAACGAGUUUGCUAUCGGGCAGUCAGUGACUGGCUGGUGCAGCCAGGGCUGCCAGGCCAUCGUGGACACUGGCACCUUCCUGCUGACGAUGCCCCAGCAGUACAUGGAUGAAUUCCUCCAGGUCCUGGGUGCCCAGCAGACCAGCUAUGGUUAUGCAGUUGACUGUGACCAGGUCCAGAACCUGCCCACCAUCACUUUUGUCAUCAAUGGAGCUGAGCUGCCACUUGGCCCCUCUGCUUACAUCAUAAAUAGCAAUGGCUACUGUACUGUUGGUGUUGAGGCCACCUACCUGCCUUCCCAGAAUGGGCAACCCCUCUGGAUCCUGGGGGAUGUCUUCCUCAAGGAGUAUUACACCGUCUUUGACAUGGCCAACAACCUCAUCGGCUUUGCCCCAUCAGCAUAGAGCAAAACCCAGCCCCUCUCCUGGCCAAGCACACCUCAGCCAGCAUUGCUGGAGCUUGAGGGGCUUCCUGGGACCUUUAUGGUGCUUUAGGUGCUACGUGCCUCCCUGUCCCUCCAGGCUUUCUGUCCUUACAGUGUCCUGUUACAAAUAAACCUGAACAUCCCAAA